ACUACGAUGGUUCACUCAUGUGGUGGCUGAAGUGAAGGCGCUGGAAAACUCUGGUCUAAGAGCUCAGCAGUCUGCUCUCCUGUGAAACAAAUGGCUGUCAGUGGCAACGCCUUUAAUGUUCUAUUUAUAGGCAUAAGUCAACAUGUGUGCAUCACAGCGUGGCCGGCCCAAAGCAGAAGGGUUGGUUCCAUGGUAGUCUCGAGGCGCUUGACCGGUCCAAGAGAGAGAGUAAGGCAGGCUCUUCCUCCCCACGCGAGUGGUAGAUCCAAACAAGGACGAACAGCACGGAAGGGGGUGCGCUACACAGCGCUUGGAGCAGCAGCCCGUCUGUAUAUUGUUACUGUCGGCCGAUGCCACCACGGGCUCAGGCCCGCCGAGGACGUCAUUCCCCCAGUGUUGUCUGCCUCAUGGCACCCCCCACUGCCAAGAGAGAUUCUCCCUCACUCACAUGUGUGCUGUCACCAGUCUGGGCCCAGUGGGGCGGGGUGAGAAGAGUUCUGCGGUAGAGAGGAGCCCGAAGCUGGAUUUGUUUGUGCCCCUGGUUUGGUUGGGUUUUCGCGGUUGUUGGGGGGUGAAAGGGGCGGAGGUGAGAAGACGCUCCAAGGAAGCGGCGGUCUCUAAACUGAGACGCGAGGCGAGAAGGCCGAGGCAUUACGAACCGGUCAGAGAAAGAAGAGGCCCCGAGCCCCGAAGGCGCGCUCUGGGGGGGGGCUGGGCCCAAGCGCCUUCCUGGCCGGCGAAGUUUCGAAGCCACCAACGUGCACGGCGCGGGAGAGGGGACAAGGCGCCUUGUCAAGAACGGCCGCCUUGCUGCCUCACGCACAGGAAGGCUCCCCGCGCCGGGAGGGGCCGAGCACUCGGCGCGGGCGCAGGACAGAGGGCAGGACCCCAGGCCGACCGGGGACAGUGUCCCGAGUUCGCGCGGGGCGGGGAAGUGGCUCCGCGCAUGCUCGGUUCGCCGGCCCUCCGCGGUCGCCGGGCUUGCGAGGCGCCGGUAGCACCGGGAGCCGCCUCAAUGGCGCAGGCGGGUAACACCGGCCCGGGGGCCGGGGGGCAUCGCGGCGCGGGCACGGCCCUGGGGCGCGCGCCUUGGCGCUGGGCCCUGGCGCUGCUCUGGCUGGCGACCGCGGCGGGCGGCCCCUCUCGGCGCCAGUGGCCGGUCCCUUACAAACGAUUUUCCUUCCGCCCGGCACCAGAUCCUUAUUGUCAAGCUAAAUAUACUUUCUGUCCAACGGGCUCACCUAUCCCAGAUAUGAAGGGUGAUGAUGUCAUUGAAGUCUUUCGGUUACAAGCCCCAGUAUGGGAAUUUAAAUAUGGAGACCUCCUGGGACACCUGAAAAUUAUGCAUGAUGCGAUUGGAUUCAGGAGUGCUCUAACUGGCAAGAACUACACAAUGGAAUGGUAUGAACUUUUCCAACUUGGAAACUGCACGUUUCCCCAUCUCCGACCUGAAAUGAAUGCCCCUUUCUGGUGUAAUCAAGGAGCUGCCUGCUUUUUUGAAGGAAUCGAUGAUAAUCACUGGAAGGAAAACGGGACAUUAGUUCAAGUAGCAACCAUAUCAGGAAACACGUUUAACAAAAUGGCAAAGUGGGUAAAACAGGACAAUGAAACAGGGAUUUAUUAUGAGACAUGGACUGUCCUAGCCAGCCCAGAAAAAGGGGCAGAGACAUGGUUUGAAUCCUACGACUGUUCCAAAUUUGUGUUAAGGACAUAUAAGAAGUUGGCUGAACUUGGAGCAGAGUUCAAGAAGAUAGAAACCAAGUAUACAAGAAUAUUUCUUUACAGUGGAGAACCUACUUAUUUGGGAAAUGAAACGUCUGUUUUUGGUCCAACAGGAAACAAGACUCUUGCCUCAGCCAUAAAAAGAUUUUAUUACCCCUUCAAACCACAUUUGUCAACUAAAGAAUUUCUGUUGAAUCUCUUGCAAAUUUUUGAUGCAGUGAUUAUACAUAGACACUUCUAUUUGUUUUAUAAUUUUGAAUAUUGGUUUUUACCUAUGAAAUUCCCUUUUAUCAAAAUAACAUAUGAAGAAAUCCCUUUAUAUAACAGAAACAAGACACUCCCUGGUUUAUAAAGCCUUAAUUCUACUUUUUUUUCCUCCUACCACCAGCAUAUCAGUUUUUCAGGGAGUGGCUUUACAUUUGUGUUUCUUAGGCCUUUCUUCUUUGGGGCAGAAAGGUAAAAUGAACAUGGACAGAAUUGCUGCACAAUCAUCUCAGGAAUUUUUUUUGAAAGUUGAAACUCUUACAGUGUUGGCCAAAGUUGAGCACAUUACAUGAUCUUGAUUUCAAUCUCCAUGCCUUUGUUAAUAUAGAGCAUUAUUAUAGUUUAUAUCAGAUAAAUAGGCUUUUUGGACCCAACAUUUUAAAAUUGUGGAAACUGUGUGCCAAGAUUUUAAAAUUACCCUCUGACAUUUUCAUAGUGGAAGAUACUUUUUUUCUGGUACGGUACUUAUAGGUUUUUCAUAAGUUUUUUUUUGGUAGUUUAGACUGACUUUACAGCUCUUGCAACUUUUGAAGCUGUGCUGUUAAGAUUUUAUUCUAUUCACUUAACCUUAAAGACUAAUGUGGACCAUAGCUAGAGUGAUUUGCUUCCAGAUGUAGUAAAUACAUUGAUGAAGAGCACAAGUUUUUGGCUGGCAUUUUAGAACCAGUAAGUGGCACUGUGUAAUUUAAGCAUUUUAACAUCUUCGAACCCGUUUCCUUAUCUCUAAAAUAAUUCAUCUGUCAGGACUGUUGUAACGAUUGAAGCCAUGUAUGUUUGACAUAGUAAGGUCACAAGAAAUGGUAGCUGCAAUGAUUAAAGAACAAACUGCCACCCGUGAUCUUCCCUAAUGAAGUUUACUUGCCAGUGUUUCCUGGGUUUUGUAAUAAACCACCUAGACUUUGAGCUGGCAGCAAUGUUUCUGUAGCUCUUCAAUUGUGUAGGGCAGGGAAGCAUCUGACUGCAGACAGGUCUGGAUGAAUAGGCGCCCUCUGUGUCCUUCAUUGCUUCUUGUAGUCCUCCUCCCGCCCACUAAAGCUGCCAGCUUUAGGGGCUAAACUGCCCACAGAGACAGGACACGUAUGUCAAGGAUCUCCAAGUAGCUGUGCUUCCUUCCAUUAGAGACAUCAAACAAGGUUACAAGGACCUUUAACUAUUUGAUGAUCAACUGAACACAUGAACGUUGUUUCUAUUCAUGGAAAAAAAAGCAGUAUGAUGAUGAAGCUGAGACCAGAGGAAAAGAAAACCAGUGUUUAAUAUUUAAUGUACCAAUUAUAUAUUCUGUUUCUACUAACAUUUGAGAGCUUCCUCAGAGGUUAGUACAUGAUCACUGAGUUCUUAUAGAAAGCCUAAAUAUAGAUACUAUUUACCUGAUCCAAAUGAGCUAAUUGGGCCUUAGAAAGGUUAAGUGACCUUUCCACAGCUACCCAGCUAGUGGUAACGGAGCCACAUUUUGAACCAGGUUCUACUGACUGAAGGGGAUGCACUGUCCAGCCAGCUUUGCAGCACUACUCAGUGUGGUCCUCAGACAAUGCCUGCUUCAUGUGUUACUAACACCAUAUGUUAUGGUCUGUAGGAGACAAAUACAGAUAAUGAUAGCAAGUAUUUAGUAACUUAAAACAACUUGUUGGAGUAAUUUUCUGUUGAAUCUAAUAAAAAAAUUGGGGCUUGUA